AUGAGACCGAGCACAUUACUUCGUGCACUGUCCGUGCUUCCCGUAGCAGUCGGUUUCCAGACUGCAACAAACUCGUCUUACCCUACGCUACUAUCGGAUGGAACCGUGGAUCUUGGCGACUACUCUACCGCUUAUGAAAAAGCCAAGUCGUUUGUAGCUGGCCUGACCAAUGAACAAAAGGUACAGAUUAUCACCGGCCAGAGUUUUGAGGGAAACCAGAGCUGGGCCGCGUACCAAAAGAAAGAUGGCGUUGUUGGCGUCAACAUGCAACUUUUCGUCUCGGCUUUUUCGAUGAUCAAUGCCGCGACAAUGACCUGGAAUCCCGACCUGGUUGAGGCUCAGUUCAGGGCGACCGGCGAUGAAUUCUAUCAGAUGGGAUUCAACCUCAUCAUGAGCCCCGUCGCUAGCCCUCUAGGACGCGAUCCGUAUGGCGGAAGGCUUCCCGAAGCGUUUUCACUCGAUCCAUACUUGUCCGGAAUACUCAUGGGAAGAGCUACUAUUGGGAUGAAUUCCGCAGGCGUCAUUAAAACUGGUCGUCACAUUCUUUUGAAUGAGCAGGAAACUAAUCGCUCCAAUGGAGGCUAUUCGGCGAAUGCCGACGAUAAAACGAUUCGCGAGGUUUAUCUGUGGCCGUUUGCAGAUGCCGUCAAAGCAGGAAUGUUGGCCGUCAUGUGUGGGAUGAACCGUGUAAACGGGUUUCUCUCGUGCGAAAACAGCCAACUGUUGAACGGGUAUCUUAAAACGAGCAUAGGCUUCCCGGGCAUGGUACUGCCAGACGUCAGCUCACAAGCCACCUCGUACGGGUCUGCUAAUGCGGGACUUGAUAACGGAUCAGGGCAACUUUGGAGUGAGCAGAUUAUGCUCGCAGGUAUCCCAAAUGGAAGCCUAUCUCAAGCUCGACUAGACGACAUGGCCGUCCGGAACGUGAUUGGGUACUACGCUAUGAACCUCGACAAUGGCCAAUAA